AUGGGCUCCCGGCUGAGCCGGCCGAGCGGCGCGGAGGCGACGGGCGUUCGCGGCCGCUCCAAGAGGUCCCUCCGCAGCAGGAGCCGCCCGGAGGAGCCGCCGCGCCGCCUCGGGCCGGACUGCCGGCUGGCUUCGCUGCUGCUCGGCUCGGAGAAGCUGCCGGCGGGGCUGCGCAAGAACCGGCCGGCGGCGCCCUACGUGCGGCGGGUGGGCUGGAUCCGGCAGAUCCAGGCCACCCUCCGCGAGCGCCAGCCCGAGCGGGCCAUGCAGCUCCUGCGGCUGCUGCGGAAGGAUCUUGGCCUGGAGGGGACGUUCCUCAAUGAAGUGCUCUACAAGAAGGCCACCUUCCUCAACUUGGUGGACCCCAUCUCCCACGACCUCCUGAUGAGCCUGGCCAGAGACCUGCAGUGCCCCAAAAAGGAAUACGAUCCGUGGAAAUCCUCCGACCGGAUCUGCCGGCAGCUGAUCUACCACUUGACGCCCCACUCCAAAUGGCAUCGGUCUGGGCUGCCCCAUCACAAAUCCCACAGCAGCCUGAAGAAGCAGCUCAGCCAAGAAGCCAUCCAUCUCUCUGGGGUCCCCCUCUCCACACGCGACAUCCAGCACCUGGCCAGCUACCUGCAGGGCAGCGGGGACCACCUUCUCACCAUCGACCUGAGCUUCACCGGCCUGAGGGAUGAGGAGAUGCGCUUCCUGGUGCCUUUCCUGCAGUCGCUGCCCAGCCUCACCCACCUCUCCCUUAACGGGAACCACUUGACCCGAGCCGCUGUGAAGGACCUCACCGACACCAUGAAGGACAUGGCCAAGUUCCCCUCCUUGGCCUGGAUCGAUCUGGGCAACAACAUGGACGUCUCCUCCAUGCCGCAGCCUCUGCUCGUUGGCCUGCGGAAGCGGCUCAGCCGGCAAACCACGCUGCCCACCAUUUACGAGUCCUUGGACUGCACUUCUGAGGCAUCCAGCGGGCCUGAGACCAGCCUGCUGGACGAGGAGGAGGAGGAUUUGCAAGGGGAAGAGGGGACCCCGCCACUAGCCAAGCACCGCUUCUACCAGCAGUCGUGUGAAAGGUGACCGGACGUGGAGAUGUCCUCUGGGAGACCGAAGCCACCACAGUGGAAGCUCUGAUGGAAGAGAUGCCGCUCCGGGCCUCCUCACCUGCCCACUUCCUUGGGCCUUUUUCCUAACCUUUCUGACUUGCUCCCCUGGCCCCGUCCUCUUCCUCCUAGUCGGGCUUUCUCACAGGCACCAAAUCAGGCCAGGCACUUACCGUGAUGCUGCAAAAGGAGGCCAUCUGGAGAUGCAGGAGGUGGGCUGUUGUGGGGAGGCGCAUGGAGCAAGCAAAUCCUGGGCCUGACCUUUCCCGGCUGUGCUGGGCCCACAAGUCCAGAGAGCCGUGUGAGAACGGCGCGGAAAGACUGAAUGGGGGCCGAGACGGCACCGGGAUGGCACAGCUCGCCUCCUCCCCCCUCCUCCUCUCUGAACAAAGGGUGGCGGAAUGCGAGGCAUGCCAGUGUCUGCAGCCGACAUGUGACCGGUGGCACUGCAGGAACUCCAGGGGAGCCGGAUGUGGGUUGCGCAGGUGUGUCUGGGGGGGCCUGCUUGAGCCUCCCUCCCCCUCCCCCACCCCCGGGUGUUUAGGCUCUUCGGGAUGCUUCGUGGCCGUCUGCAUUCAAACGCCUCUGUGCUUUCUGCUCUCAGUCUGUCUGGGAGGGUAGCCCUGCCUUAUAUGCCCUGGAGGAGACCGUGACCUGGGCAAGCCCAGUUCAGCGGGAAAGCCUCAUGGUGUGUGGUCUGAGAUAGUCAAGGGCUGCCCUGGAGAGCGGACGAUGACACGGCUCAGCGCUUGGCUCAGCAAUCGUGGGGCAGAGUUGCAGAAGCCUCUCUAAAAACUCCUCUUCAGAGGCUCCCAACCUGUUUCUUUGUAAAGGGGCGUUUCCCUCCCUUUGCUACCAUUUCUCUGAAAAGGAAGAUUGUGGACAUUUUCCAUUGUGCCUUGGUGCUCUUCUCAUCCAUCCAGGACAAGGAGGCUUGGGUUUAACCUCCCUUGCAAGGAAGACCAGGCCUGACGUGGGGUUCCUUCACGGAGAAAGGGAAAAUCGGCUCUCCUCCAUUUAAUAAUAAUAAUAGAAAAAAAAACCCCUCCAAUCAAUUUGGGGGAUACAAACUACAGUGAUGACAUCUAAGCCACAGCAGAAUGGCCAGUGAAGACACGAGUGGGUUGGCAGAAUGCAUCGCUCGAUUAGGGUUUAACAUCUGUGGCUCAGACUAGGAGAGAAAACGGGAGACUCCGAAGAAUCUUUUAAGACAACAAAGAACUCCCUAAGAGAACUUGGGCCAUGGGAUGAUUUGAAGCACCCAGCCUGCUCCUGGGUGGUUUAGUUUCAAAGUGUGGCCCACUUAUACACGUCUUUGGCUUUCUUUCCACAAAAGCCCCUUUUGGGAAC